AUGGUGAGAAAAGGGAAAGGAAGAGGAAGAGGAAGAGGAACAUCUAGCAAUCCUAGAGGUGGAAACGGAAGUUCAAGAGGAAAUAGAAGGUUUAUAAGAACACCUAAGGCAUCUAGUACCAAUAAGUCUACUGUUGAUGGGCAGGCUCUUUUCUCGUGUCUUCCAGAUGAAGUAUUGGUCCAAAUUCUAAAAAGAUUGAGUCCUGCUGAUAUCAACAACUUAUUUUCCAUCAAAAUUAUAUCCCAGGAACUUCAGCGAUUUGUUAGAUUGGUUAAGGAUUCUCCAGAAACAAGGUAUUUCCAUAAUGUCCCAUCAGAAUUAUACUAUCAAAUCAGUGGAAAUGUUGCUAUUCCAAACAUUGGUAUGCUGCAAUUGUAUGAAAUUUCCGAUACAACUGUCUUCUUGGAAAAGAUUAAACAAGUUAAAGGUCAAGUUUCUAAAGUUGUUGUUAUUGUUUUUGAUUCUUAUGAUAUUUAUCUUGCCCAAAAUGGUGAUAACGAUGCAAGGUAUAGAAUUCAAGUAACGUAUGUCAGGGUUGUUAAAGAGCUUGGACUCUUUGAUCAGUUAUGCAUUAGUGAAAUAGAUUUCUUUGAUGCAAUGGAAAUUACAUUUGAUCCUGCAACAUUUCAUAUACCAGAUGUUAAAAAGCUGACUUUUUGGGAUUGUGCAAUUGAAAAUGAAUUAGUUACGUUUGAUUGUAAAGAGCUGGAACAUUUAAAGAUAGAUGGUUUUGAUAUUAAUUCACAUACAGGAUAUAUACACUCGAAAUCAUUUCACUUUGAAUUUUUGAAAACACUAAAACUUUUAGAUGCUGGGGAUAUAAGUCUUCAUAAUAUUUCUUUCAAGCAGUUGGAACAUAUGACUAUUAGUAAUGAUGGUCAAUCUAAUAGUCUUUUAAUGCUUACUAUCGAGAUUUCAGACUGUAACUUCCCUAAAUUGAGACACUUGAUUUUGCAGUCAUCAGAUAACGUGGAGAUUAAUAGGUUGAGAGUUUUUAAUCUUUUAACAAUGAAAAUUCAUUCAGAUAGAAAAAUAAGUUUAUUGAACACAAAGUUACCAAAAGUUGAAUAUAUUGAACUCAGUUCUUCAAAGUUUAAUCCAAUUUUUCAAAAUGUCGUUACUGAAAAAUUGAAGCAUCUUUAUCUUGAUACUUAUAGAGCUCCUGCAAAAAAUGGGUAUAAUUUUUACAUCCAAUCACCAAGCUUAUGGAUCAAUCUAUCAGCAUAUAAUAUUUUGGAAAAACUUGGUUCAGAUGCAAAUUUUGAAUAUUUGGGUAUUUCUUUAAAACCUGUACAAGCAGAAAAAUUGAAAAAUAUGAGUCCUUUAAAAGUUAAGUCUAUGGAAUUGAAGCUUAUUUGGAGAUUUGAAUCAAUUCCUAAGUUGAAUGUUCCUUCACUCAAAAGUUUAAAAAUUAGUUAUUCUAGAUUGAAAAGUUUAGAUGAUUUAAAAAUUAAUUAUCCAAAUUUAGAAGAGUUAAUCUUGGGAAGUUCAGAUAAAUCUACAGAUAUCAUUAAAUUUGAUCAUCCAAACUUGAAAAGAUUACAAAUUAAUGUCACAAAAAAACCAAUGGAACUCAUUGGAUCUUUUGAAAAUUUAGAAUCCUUCACUGUGACUGGUGACAAUCUAAAUCGUAAUAAAAUGGAAGUUGAUAUUGAUAUUUCAGCUCCUAAAUUGAUAACAUAUGCUUUGGAUAAUAUAAGAAUUAAAUUCUUGGAUGUAUCAGAUUUCCCAAAUUUACAAGUACUUUCAAUUCACAAAAUUGAUAAUAAUCUGGUGUCUGGUGAUCUUAAAUCAUUGCUAAAAUUGAAAAUAACUCAAUCAAAUAUGGAUUCACUUAAAUUAAGAGCCCCAAACUUGAGAAUAUCUGAGCUUUCCAAUACUAUGAUUAAGAUACAAGAACUUGACUCUGGAUUUGGAUUUGGAUUAUCAUCACAAGCUAAAAGAGAAUUAUUUGGUUCUGAUUAUAAUCCUGAAUUGGAAAAAAUUGAAGAUUUCCCCGAUCUAUAUACUACAACAUAUUUAGAUAAAAUUAGUGGAAGUAUUCCAUUGAAAGAGGUCGAUGAAGAUGAAGACGGAUGUCUAUAUGAAAACUAUGUUUCCGAUGGUAAAUUUAAAAGAGCCAAGAUUUGA